AUGGCAGUACAGACAGGUCUCGACUAUAUGCGUUCGCGCACGCAGAUCGACUGUGAUACCAUGGACGACGAAGUUGCCAAAACUCUGGGCCCAUUCCAGGACUGUACUUCCAACCAAGCUAUUGCACUCGGCGAGCUUCGUAAGACAGAGCGGUUUAGAAUCCUCGAGUCAUCGCGGGCAGAGGCGGCGGUGCUGGAACCGAAGUGGUCCAUGGAUAUGGACGAAUUGGCUGUCGAGAUUGCGAUGGUUAAAUUGGCCGUAGAAAUGGCAAAACACAUUCGUCGACGUGUCCAUGUACAGGUUAAUCCUUACUAUUCGUACUCAACAGAGAAGAUUAUCCUCAAUGCACUCCGAAUCGUGCAACUGUUCCAGCAUGUCCAGCCCGACUUCGACACCACUCGCAUUUGCAUCAAGAUUCCGAGUACGUGGGAAGGAAUGAUGGCCUGCCGCACCCUCGAAUUAGCCGGUGUGCAUACUUUAGCGACCACUCUGUUCAGUAUGCCUCAAGCUGUACUCGCAGCCGAGGUCAACUGUACUUACAUCGCGCCCUAUGUGAACGAACUGAAGGUGCAUGUGCAAGAAGGUUUCGUGGACAAUGCGAAAUUGCUCCCUCUUUGCGCAGCCAUUCAGAAAUACUACAAGUCCAUCAAUUCGCGUACCACAGUCCUCCCUGCUAGCUUGACUUCCGUUGAGGAGAUCUUCUUGCUAGCUGGGGUGGACCACCUCACUAUUUCGCCAGGUCUGUUGACACAAUUGACUCAGCCUUAUGCAGGUAAUGUUAAGUCGCUGUUUGAUAUCGAGCCGACACUUCCAAUCCCGGCGCCGGGUGUCUCUUUCAUCAACGAUCCUGGAACCUACCAGAUUACAUUUGCCCGAGACCUGGGUGGUGCUAGUCAGAUCAAGCUGACCGAAGCUAUAAACAUAUUUUGUGAUGCCCAGGACAAGUUGGAGUUGCUUAUGAGGGGAAAUUAUUAG